UGGUUGUUGAGGAACAUGGCGUUGCUGGUGCGAGUCCUUAGGAACCAGAUUAGCAUCUCCCAGUGGGGUCCAGUAUGCAGCCUGUUGGUACCUUUGUCUCCUACACGGGGACAGUGGGGCAGGACUCUGUCUGCCACUUCCCAGUCGCCCCAGAUGAGCCAGUCCCUAGCAUGUGGUGGAUCAGAACAGAUUUCUGGAAUAGACAUACAGCUGAGUAGGAAGUAUCACACCACAAAUAAGCUUUCUACUACCAAGGAUUUCCCACAGCCUGUUGAGGAGAAGGUUGGUGCCUUCACGAAGAUAAUAGAAGCCAUGGGAUUCACAGGACCUUUGAAAUACAGUAAAUGGAAGAUUAAGAUUGCAGCCCUACGAAUGUAUACUAGCUGUGUGAAGAAAACUGACUUCGAGGAAUUCUUUCUAAGGUGUCAGAUGCCUGAUACAUUCAAUUCAUGGUUUCUUAUAACUCUCCUUCAUGUCUGGAUGUGUCUCGUCCGAAUGAAGCAGGAAGGCCGGACUGGGAAGUACAUGUGUCGUGUCAUAGUUCAUUUUAUGUGGGAGGAUGUUGAGCAGCGUGGCAGAGUCAUGGGGGUUAAUCCCUAUAUCCUGAAGAAGAACAUGAUGGUUAUGACAAAUAAUUUCUAUGCAGCGAUCUUGGGAUAUGACGAGGGGAUCCUUUCAGAUGAUCAUGGGCUGGCUGCUGCCCUCUGGAGAACCUUCUUCAACCAGAAAUGUGAAGACCCUCGCCAGCUUGAACUGUUGGUGGAAUAUGUGAGGAAACAGAUUCAGUACCUGGACUCCAUGAAUGGUGAGGAUCUGCUUCUGACCGGGGAGGUGAGCUGGCGCCCUCUAGUGGAGAAGAAUCCUCAGAGCGUCCUGAAGCCCCAUUCCCCAAUUUAUAAUGAUGAGGGUCUUUGAUGGGCUGGUCCCUCUCAGCAGCUGGCCAGCUGGCUUUGAAGAACCACCAGGAGAGAGGUGCCUGUUUGACCCAGGACCCUGCAGAAAGUGGCCUAAACUGACCUAUGAACCGCAUCUGUCAAAUACUUGGCCCCCUUUGUGUUGAUUUUCCUUAGUAUGCCCAGGAUCUGAUCUAGUGGGCUAUAGUACUGGGAGAAGCUCUUUUGGGGUGUCCUCUCCCUCAAGAGCAGUCCUGAACAAGAGCUCCCAGUACACAUCCCCCAGCUCCCCUCUAGCAACCUUGAGAUGGACAGCUAUUCCCAAAGGCCACAGAAGGAAUGAGGGUGUUAGAAAGGGGACACCCCACCAAGGGCCCACUGUGGCCCAGGAGCACUUUGUAAUGCUGCUGAAUCAAGACGGGUACCAUGCUCUGUCCCCUGGCUUUGAGCUGUGGGGUUGAGUUGGCCAUUAAAAGAAACAGACUUAAUUAACUCUUC